AUGACUAGUAAUGAGAAAGAAGCUGAAGAAUUAGACAAGAAAUCGCAAAGAUCUGUCAUCUAUCCGAUUGAGCCGUCGCAGUUAUACAUCGAUGAUCCGAAGAAUAGCAAAAAAGCAUAUGAUAUUACAAAAGAAAGUCCCAAGGAUGAGAAAGAUGAAAAUGUAGGAUUUUUCGAAUCAUAUAGAAGAUUAUAUGCUUUUGCGGAUAGUAUUGACCUCCAGCUAAUGGCUAUUGGGUUAAUAAGCGCAUUACUGCAAUCUGCCCUUCCCCCAUUCGUAUGGCUCAUUAUGGGAAGCUUUGUUUCAAUAUCAAUUCUACGAGAGGAAGGAAAGCUAGGGUUGAAGAAUCUGACGAGUCCUGAAUUCCCUCCAAUCGAUGAGGAAUUUAGCAAUUCCGCGACACCAGCAUUCGUUUCCAUGCUUGGAUUGUCAAUCGCGAUGUUCAUUGCGGCGUUCACGCAGAGAAUCGUCUGGGAGAUUUCAUCUAUUCGGCAAGUUUUCCGAGUGAAAAAAGCCUACAUUCGAAAGCUUCUCCUAAUGGAUAUCUCAUGGUUGGAAUCACGUCAGAGCGGACAAGUCGCCGCGAUGCUACAAGAAUCCGCAGAUUCGAUUUAUAAUGGAAUUUCUGAUCACCUUCCCAUGGUCCUUUUUAUCUUGUCCUAUCUCCUUGUCAACAUAGGAGUUUGUAUAUAUAUCCAAUGGGAUGUUACAUUACUUAUGUGCCUUGCAAUUCCAUUACUCAUUCUUUCGCGAAUACUCUACAGUAAGUGGUUUGCAAACACAAUGGAAGAGGAGACGAAACUGCAGAACAAAAUCACUAAUCUUGUCAAUGAAACGUUCAAUUGCAUAGUUACAGUCAUAUCAUUUGCCGCGCAGAAGCAAACAAUAAACAAAUUCGAAAAGUUGACGUCGGAUCACAGCGCUCUAACCGAACAAAGGCUAAGGUCAUCAGUCGUCUUUGACAGUCUAACCCAGAUUCUUCUCACCGAACUGAUAUUCACCGGCGCGUUAUGUUAUGGCAUUUGGAGGGUUGCCGAUAAUUCGCCGGGUCGUUUAUGCGCGCUCGCUAUCAAUAUGCUAUAUAUGUGUGUGACAUCGAUAUCUAUUGGUUUUCAUAUCAAUGGAGCAGCAAGGGCAAAGGAGAACGCGAAAGAGAUUUGCAAAGUAUUGAAUGAACAACCGCAGAUUGAAGUUGAACUUGCCUCAAUUUAUAAUAAUGAAGAUUAUGUGCCUGUCACUAGAGGAAAGUACAGAAGGCAGAGUAUGAAAUUCAUGGGAAAGGGUGCAAUUCAUUUUAGAGAUAUUAGGUUCUCUUACCCUAGUAGGAAAGAAACUGAAGUUCUUCGUGGAAUUUCGUUUUCCGUGGAAGCUGGUGAGAAGAUUGCGAUCGUCGGUUCUAGCGGAAGCGGUAAAAGUACAUUGACUGCAUUGCUUCUAAGGUUUUACGACCCGACUAGUGGAAGUAUUCUUCUCGACGGCGAAAAUAUCAAAACAAUGUGUCCGGACGAUUUGCGGGCGCAGUGUUCACUGGUUAGUCAGGAGCCAGUCCUUUUCGAUGGAACGAUUAGUGACAAUAUUCGAUAUGGACGACUUGACGCAACUCAGCAAGAAAUCAACGAUGCCGCCAGGAAGGUCGGCGCCUGGAAAUUUAUUAAUAGUUUGCCGGAAGGUAUGCGCACAAGGGUUGGAGAUAGAGGUCACCAGCUCUCUGGUGGUCAAAAGCAAAGAUUGGCGAUCGCUCGUGCAGUCAUCAGAAAACCAAUAGUGCUGAUCUUUGACGAAGCGACUUCCGCUUUGGAUAACAUUCAUGAAGAAGAAGUCAAUGCUGCCAUUGAUCUGGCAUCUGAAGGAUUGACGACAAUAACAAUUGCCCAUCGAUUAUCAACGAUCAAAAAUUCCGAUAGAAUUAUUGUUUUGCACGAAGGCAAAAUUGUCGAGGAAGGCGCGCCGGAUGACCUUCUAGCUGAUACGAAAGGAAUUUUCUAUAAGAUGUACAAUGAUCAACGAAUGGAUCAGAUUUCGGAGCAGCAUGCGAAUCUUCAGAAACCAAUACUACAACAGCAGAUGUCAUUUAGUCCUCCGCCAAAAUUAGAUCCUGAGCAACAAAGAAAAGCCUGGGCUAGAAGUUCCCUCGGUGGAAACAAAAAACUUGGAAAAUCCUAUUCUGUCAAUAGUAUGGAAAAGGAGAAACUAGCGCUACCUGUCAUGAGCAAGAAAAAAUCAGAAAGAUUGGAUUAUAAAUAUUCAAAAGUGCAUAAUAUGAAUGUGAAAGAAUCAUUCGACAGCGAUGAUGAUCUUCCUGGAAAAGAAACCUCCUUCGCUGUUGUCAAAGAUUUGAUCUGCUCCUAUCGAAAAGGUCUACCUCUUCUUGCCGGCGCAAUUCCAACAACAAUUGUCCGCGCGGUUUUCUAUUUAUUGAUUUGUUUUCAAGUUGCAUCGGUUCUCGAAAUUUCGAUUGCACCUGAAGAAGACCGAGCUCUCGAUAUUUUCAUUGUGGCAGCUGUUUAUACGGCUCUAAUUAUUGUGAAGACGAUAUUUGAAGCCUUAGGGAGAUUAUUCAUCGCCUUAUAUGGACAUGGUUUCUGCAUGUUCAUGAGAACUGAAAUGUUCAGAAAGAUAUUGAGACAUGGGGCGGCUUACUUCGACGAGGAGCGCAAUACUCCAGGUAGAUUAGUACACCGAGUGAUCAAUGAAUCCUCAACAUUGAAUGAAAUCAUGGAGCAAAAGCUAGAUAUGCUCAUUCCUGGACUAGUAUGCUCCGUGUUUUCCAUUGCAUGUGCAUUGUAUAUUAACUGGAAAAUGGCACUAUUGUGCUCCUUCCAGUUUCCUGCUUAUUUCAUCAUCCGUGUUCUUCAAAUUCGUGAAGGAGCCAAACGGCAACGACAAAUGAACGAAGAGGAGAAGAAGGCGGCGAAUUUGGCAAAUGUUGUCCUAGCAAAUAUGAGUACUAUUAAAGCAUACAAUUUACAAUCUCAUUUUUAUAAUGUCUUCUGUGGUGCAUUGAAGCCAGUCUCCCAAGCAAUGCAAAAACAAUCAGUCAUCUCAGCGUUUGUGUUUGCAUGCCAAUAUUCUUUCACUUAUAUUCUUAUUGCUAUCACCUUGUAUUUUGGAAAAGUGAUGAUGCUAGCCAAUGAAAUCUCUGUAUUCGAUUAUAUGAGAGUUGUGCUCCUGACCCAAUUCGGAGCGAACUUCUUCUCGCAAUUAAUCGCAUCAGUAACAGAUUUGACGAAAGCACAAAUCGCUGCCGAGAAUGUGAUGAGGGUGAUUCGAGAGCCGCCUGUAGAAAUGGACAAUCUUUCAGAAGAAGGAUUAAGACCGAAACUUGAAGGAAAUCUGUGUAUGCAGAAUACAUCAUUCAGAUACCCCACGAGGCCAAUUGUUCCAGUCCUUAACAAUAUUAAUAUGAUGGUUCGAGGAGGAGAAUCAAUAGCACUUGUUGGUCCGUCAGGCUCGGGAAAAUCAUCAAUUAUCUCGUUAUUCCAACGAAUGUACAACGCAACUGAUGGAGUUGUAAUAGUUGACAAGUAUAAUAUAAAGUCAAUUAAUCCCGCAUAUCUACGAAAAUGUAUUGUUCAAGUUGGCCAGGAGCCCGAUCUUUUCUCCUUCACAAUACGAGAAAAUAUUGCCUACGGUAUGAUGGAAAGUGAAGCCACUCUUGAUAAGGUUAUCGAAGCUGCCAAAAUCGCAGAUAUUCACAACUUCAUAACAAGCUUGCCACAGGGCUAUGAGACUGAGGUUGGAGAAUUUGGCGCUCAAUUAUCUGGAGGACAGAAGCAAAGGAUCGCCAUCGCUAGAGCAAUUAUCAGAAAACCAACAGUCCUUCUGUUGGAUGAGGCGACCUCAGCUCUCGACAGUGCUUCUGAAAAGGAGGUGCAGUCUGCGUUUGAAAGAGUUAAAAAGUCGAGCAAAAUUCAAUGCACCUGCAUUCAAAUUGCUCAUCGCUUAUCAACAAUUCGCAACGUUGACAGGAUCUAUGUGAUAGUGCACGGCGAGAUUGCCGAAGAAGGCAAUCAUGAAGAGCUGAUCAGUAUGAAGGGUAUUUACUACGAAAUGAACCAAAUGAUAUAA